GUGCUCGCAUCUCAGUCAGUGCCUCUCCGCGCUUCGGUACGUGCGUUUUGGUUUGCGCAAAUCGGUGCGCCGCUACCUCCCCUCCCCUGCGCAUAGCUGCGAGCUGUCGUCGCGUCGACAGAGUUGAGAGAGUUUAAGUGCUUCAUUGGUUUUUCUCCUUUCGGGACUCGUGCACUCCGCGACCGACGUUACGGGAGCAUCAUGGCCGAGAGCAAGGGCGCGUUAAUCGCGAAGACAGUGCAAAAACAUGCAGGCAGAGCGAAAGAGAAGUUCCUUCAAAAUUUAGGCAAGGUCGAUCGAACUGCAGACGAUAUAUUCGAUGAACAUCUACAGAAUUUUACGAGGCAGCAAAACUCCGCCAACAGACUGCAAAAGGAGUUUAACAAUUACAUCAGAUGUGUUCGAGCUGUGCAAGCUGCCUCGAAGACGCUCAUGGAUUCGUUGAACGAAAUUUACGAGAGCCAAUGGACUGGACACGAUCUGUUGUACGUGCAAGCACAAAAUCUCGACAUGCUGUGGCAGGAUUUCACUCACAAGCUCGCGGACCAGGUUCUCGUGCCACUCAACACAUAUCAAAGCCAAUUCCCAGAGAUGAGGAAAAAAGUCGACAAGCGCGGCCGGAAGCUGGUAGAUUACGACAGUCAAAGACACAACUUCCAAUCCCUGCAGUGCAAUCCAAAGAAGAGGGACGAGCUCAAAGUGUCCCGAGGGAAGGAACUGCUGGAGGAGGCGAAACGUACAUACGAGCAACUAAAUUCCGAAUUGCACGACGAAUUGCCGGCGUUAUAUGACUCGCGCGUUCUUUUCCUCGUCACUAAUCUGCAGACGCUCUUCGCCGCGGAGCAAGUGUUUCACACUGAAAGUUCCAAGGUAUAUUCGGAAUUAGAAGCGAUCGUCGAUAAAUUGGCUAAUGAAAGUCAGCGAGGAUCUUACACGCUUAAGAAGAACACGGAACUUCCAUCGCCGAAAUCGCCUAACGCGAACUCGUCCCUAAUAAUCAACACGCAACCAUCACAGAACAAUAUUUCAGGAGCUUUGGAUGAUACCGCGCCCGCCGCCAGAGAUACGUCGCCGACCACCCAGAUAAACGGCAACGCUAACAGCAACGCUAACAGCAACGCUAACAGCAAUGCUAACAGCAAUGAUAAUUCUCUCAAUAAUCAGGAUGCGUCGCCACAGAACGCGGUCCCGCCUUCCAAACAAGUCGAGGAGCUGUACGAUAUUCCAGUUGGCAGGUCCAUGACUAACGGGGCGGACUCGGUCGUUCUAGAAGCGGAAUAUGAAAAUGCUACCAAUUUCUCUGUAGGGGCGACCACCGACAAUCUGCCGCCGGGUGUUUUGUACAGGGUUAAAGCGACUUAUAAAUACAAUCGCGAGGACGUGGACGAGCUGUCGUUUGACGUCGGCGAGAUCAUUCGCGUUGUGGAAUAUGAUGAUCCCGAGGAACAGGAAGAAGGAUGGUUGAUGGGUAUCAAGGAAGGCACCAACGAGAAGGGUAUGUUCCCAGCAAAUUUCACGAAACCGCUGUGAGGGCUGUAGUCGGUUCGCCAUUCACACUCCAAUGCUCACCAGAGACAGCGUAUUUUACUUUAAGGUAGAAAGAGUCACGUUAUUAAAUGGGAGAUACAUAUUAUAAGAGGAGUCGCGCGCGAUCAUUCGACGUAUAUAGGUAAAAGCGAAUUGAAAAGAGUCAGGCGACGGGCUGCAGGAGGCGUAAGGGGGAGGGGGCGGGGAAUUCGAUAAGAUAGUUAUGCUGGACGGUACUGCGGAGAGAAUCAAUCACCCCAAAGUGCCUUUAACCCAGCCACUGUCUGUGCCAACAUUCACUCUUAUUCGUCAAAAAUGUGGGAUUAAAUCUCUCAUAUCAAACGAGUACGAAUACACAUUUUGAAAUAAUAAUCAAAUGAGAUAUUUAAGCGACUAAUAUAUUGUAACACACACAUAUACAAACAAACACACGUUACAUGUACACAACGAUAUACAUUACUAUAAUAAUAUAAAAAAAAAACACGAAAGGUAUAUAUUAAAUUAAUAUUAUUUUAUGAAAUUGUACAUAGAUCUAUAUAUUACUUAAGAGUAUUUUACGAGAUAACUUUGUGGCCGCUGAAAAGAGAGGAUCACUAAGAGAUAUAUAUCUUAAAGUUUAAGAGCGACGUGUGUGAAAAGCCCCUUCUCAUUCAACGAGAGGUAAGCCGUAAAAUUUUCAAGGUCCAACUACGUAUCUGCAUUCGUAAAAUAUAAGAUUCUACAUUAUUUACUCGCCUACAGUUCAAGAUUCUAGCGAUAGAUCCCAUUAAACUUCUCGCCAAAUGCCAAAUUUUUCAACGACGUAAUAAUAGAUAUCGUGAUCAGGUGAUACGUAAGAGAAAGAUGAAUAUUACGAUGUAUAAAUGAGAUGAGUAUAGAUUUUUGAGUUAUUUAUGCUUAUUUUUUUCUGUCUUUCCCCUUUUUGGAGUAUAAACUUUAUCAAUGAAAUAUUUUGCAAGUUUUAUUCACUUGUAUUCGCAAUUUUAUGUAUAUGUAUGUAGAAAAUUGGGCAGCGACAAGAGAGCGUUUAUUAUUAUAUUAUUAUUAUUAUUGUUAUUAUUAUCGCUAUAAUUAUUAUCGCUCCCGUAUCUAUUCAUGAUGAAGUAGAAAACGAAUACGUAACAAACCGAAACUUUUGUAGACUCGAUCAAUACUCGUUAGAUCUGCCGAAAAUAAACUUGUAUUCACAUCUUGUGUAAUAAAUAGUGUUCUAAUAAUA